AUGGCGAACACCCAGCUCCCCAUCACAUCACAAACCUCACCCACAAUCUACUUCGGCUACGGUUCCAACCUCUGGCUCCACCAAAUGAGCACCCGCUGCCCAACAUCCAAAUACCUAGGCGUCGCCCGCCUGCCCAACUACCAUUGGAUCAUCAACGACCGCGGCUACGCGAACGUCGUCGAAUCCUCCAAGCAAAACUCGUCCUCCAAUUCGUACUCUGAUGUAGUAUUCGGCCUCGUCUAUUCGCUCUUACCAGAAGACGAAAAGAGACUGGAUAAAAACGAGGGCGUACCGGUCGCAUACACAAAAGAGAUGCUCACGUGCGAUUUCUGGCCUUCAGACACAGAGCACAAGGUUGAUACUAGCAAGCAUCCGGAGAAAAAAGAGUCAAUGCUCGUUUAUAUUGAUCGGAAUCGUGUUACGCCGGAUAAGCCGCGGGACGAGUAUGUUUACAGGAUGAAUCAAGGGAUCGCUGAUGCAGUCAAGUUGGGGGUACCAGAGGGCUAUGUGAGAGACGUGAUGAGGCAGUACAUUCCGGCUGAAGAGGAUGAGGAGGGGAAGGAGGGGGAAAGGGAGAGGAUGGCGGAGUUUGCCAGAGGGCAGGCGGCAGAGUUUAGGGAUGAGAGUGGUGUGAUGCAAUAA